ACCCCCACCGGAGCUAUAAAACGACCGGGCGGCCCCCGCGGCGCGCUCCCUAGCAGGCUCCACGCGCGCCCGGCUUUGCGCGCGGCUCCGGGCGGCCGGACUCCUGGGACGAUGGAGUGGGUGUGGGCGCUCCUGUUGCUGGCGGCGCUGGGCAGCGGCGGAGAGGCGCGCGACUGCCGCGUGAGCAGCUUCCGAGUCAAAGAGAACUUCGACAAGGCUCGAUUCGCCGGGACCUGGUAUGCCAUGGCCAAGAAGGACCCCGAGGGCCUCUUUCUGCAGGACAACAUCGUCGCCGAGUUCUCCGUGGAUGAGAGUGGCCAGAUGAGCGCCAAGGCCAAGGGCCGAGUCCGCCUGCUGAAUAACUGGGACGUGUGUGCAGACAUGGUGGGCACCUUCACUGACACUGAGGACCCCGCCAAGUUCAAGAUGAAGUACUGGGGUGUCGCCUCCUUUCUCCAGAAAGGACAUGAUGAUCACUGGAUCGUGGACACGGACUAUGACACCUACGCUGUGCAGUACUCCUGCCGCCUCCUCAACCUGGAUGGAACCUGCGCUGACAGCUACUCCUUCGUCUUUGCCCGGAACCCCAACGGCCUGCCUCCGGAAGUGCAGCGAAUCGUGAGGCGGAGGCAGGAGGAGCUGUGCCUGGCGCGGCAGUACCGGCUGAUUGUUCACAACGGAUACUGCAUGGGCACGUCAAAGAACAACCUUUUGUAGCACCAUGGAGGGUGCCACGUCUCCAGGGAAAACGGCCUCUUCCUUGUCCAGCCUUCAGCUCUAUUUAUCUUCAUUUAUUUGCUCUCUCUCUCGCAAAUAUGAAAGCUGCCCUGCACAUAAAAAUGUAUAUGGCACUAAGUGGGUCUAUCUGCCCUCUGAUGUCUGCCAUUACCUGGAGUUUUCCAGAGAACCACGAGAGGCUUCAGAAUCCAGACUUGGAUUGAUUAAAAUACAGUCUCCCAUUUUCUAUGA